AUGACCAAGAACGAGAGCGUGGGCCGCCAUGGCUCGGUGGAGAGCUCGUGGAGCUCGCGCUCUGGCGACACGAUACGGCCCUAUGGACGCGCGGGAUCGCUGAGGGGCACGCCCGUGACGGUCAAGACGGACAAGAGCCUCAAUUCAAAUGCCGAAAAGGAGUCUGAGAUAUCGCCUGGCACCGUCCCUCCAGCUCCUCCGCCCAAAGACGCCUCGCAUCGCCCACGGAGACCGCCCAAUUGGGACGGCCCCACGACGACUUCCUUCGGAGAUCACCGGAAACAGCUGGCUGUGUUGGAGACUUCGGGGAACAGGGUGCCGUCGAUAUCGCGCAAUCCACCUACGGCCUCGAGCGCCAAUUCACACAUGGCGCCCUGGUCGACGACCAACGGAGGCGCCAUGGCCAACAGUGUCUGGAGUAGCUUCUUCAACGACUCCAACGAGGACCUGGCUCAGCCCUCGCCGGGCUUCCGCCCCCAGAGCGGCAGUCGCGAAGACAGCAUGGGCUUCCCGCUCAAGGACGACCGCCGCCCCUCGGUCGCGAGUGCCACGACGGUGAGCAGCACGGGCUCAAAGUCGAGCAUCAGUCGCGGCUUCCACAAGAAGCUGCAGAACAUCUUCGGUGACGACUUCCCCGCCGACGGUCGCCAGCACUCCGACACGAGCCUGCCGUAUGCGCCCGACGCCCAGAGCCAGCGCCCCAUGCGCAACCGGGGCAAUUCACUCAACAACACCAUAGGCAGCAGCCACCAGUCCCGUCCCGUGUCGCCUACCAAUUCGCGUCCACGCACUCCCCAGGCCUCGUCCGAAGUCACGCCCUGGGAGUUCCAAGACUCCAAGGAAUUUCCCACGCCGGGCGAGUAUGGAGGACGUCGCUCAUCCGAGCAACAUUCAGCCAAGUCAGGCCGCUCACAUCACAAGCUGCAUGUAAGGCUGCCGGGCACAACUGGCCAUCGCCACAGGAGCAGCAAGGAAGAGAACAAGGCACCAGAUUCACGCUCAGACAUCAGCCAGUCCUACACACUGCGGCCGACCACCAGCCGCGACGACGUACCGCAAAACCCCCGCCCGAACCAGCCCUCGGCCCUCAGCUCUGCCUUUACCUCCAAGACGAGCCUUCUGGGUCGUCCCUCGAGCCCGACGCCCAGUUCCUUUUCGGAUAUGCCCAGAGAGGACAGGAUAGCCCAGCGAUCACCCAGCACCAGCAAGCCAUCCCACGGCUUCUUUGCACGCUUACGCGGCAAGGACAAGGAAAAGUCUGACCGUGUAGCACCAAACGACAAUCUCAAGAGCCUGAGCUCAGUGGGAACGGCCUCGACUACUUCUCUGAACCCCUCCAUCAGCACAGCACGGUCCGCGAGGGUAGAGCCGUCUCCGCAAGCCGUCGCCAUGGCAAAGCGGCAGCCGAGUACAAAUGGCGUGGACGAGCGCUUGCCAGCCAAGGCGAGAGCGCCUCACCAUCGUCUGCCUACUUUUAGGAAGGACAAACGGGCACCUGCGAACGAGCCAACGGGACGGGACCCCAAUGACAACAUUGCCAGCACUGCCGGCAACGACGCCGUCUUCUUCCUAGACAGCAAUUUGGACGACAUGGAAGGUAUCGUCAAUCUGCAGCAGCAACCGCCCAUGACACCACCCGUGGGGGAGUUGUUGAAGCAACCAACAGUGGGCGAGGAGAUUGCUGCGCCUGGACCGGAAGACGAUGGCACGGCAGCAUGGGAUGCACCAGACUCCUGGGCUGUAAAACGCAUGAAGGACGAAAUGGACAAGGUGCGCGACGUCGAGGAUACCGGAACGCCUUCCAAGGAAGAGAGUGACAGUAAAACGUAUUGUUUGCGCAUCUUCAGAGUCGAUUCGACAUUUGCGACACUGUCAGCUACCUUGAACACCACCGUACAAGAGAUCAUCCAGAUAUUAGGUAAGAAGACUGUACUGCAGGACGAACUCGACAACUACCACAUCGUAAUGCGCAAGCAUGACACUUCUCGGCAACUGGAAAACAACGAGCGUCCGCUGUUGAUCCAAAAGCGACUUCUAGAACUCGCCGGAUAUACGGAUAUGGACCGUCUGGAAGAUGUGGGCCGAGAGGAUAACAGCUACCUCUGCAGAUUUACCUUCCUUCCCGCCAAGAUGAGCGGAUACUCAAGUUUAGAGCGAGACCCCGGGUUUAGCAAGAUGCAAAAGUUUAGCCAUAUCGAUCUCCAAGGCCGGAACUUGAUUACCAUUCCCAUCACGCUAUACCAAAAAGCAACGGAGAUUAUAUCGCUCAACUUGUCCCGGAACCUGUCGUUGGACGUACCCAGAGAUUUCAUCCUCGCCUGCACCAACCUGCGCGAGAUCAAAUAUACCAGCAACGAUGCAAGGCGAUUACCCCCUAGUCUCAGUCUGGCAAGCCGCCUAACCAUGCUCGACAUAUCGAACAACCGUCUCCAGUCGCUUGAUCGUGCCGAGUUAUACAAGUUGCAAAGUCUUCAAGGUCUGCGGCUUUCAAACAACGGGUUGACGAGGCUCCCACCUUAUUUCGGACAAUACCGCGCCCUUCGUAGUCUGAACCUGAGCUCCAACUCCUUGCACGAGUUUCCUGAUUUCCUUUGUGAGGUCCGGACACUAGUAGAUCUCGACAUCAGUUUCAACUCGAUAUCCAGCUUGCCUAGGAUAGGCCAAUUGACGUGUUUGGAGAGACUUUGGGCGACCAAUAACAAACUAACCGGGAGCUUUCCGCCAACGCUGAGCAACCUCGUAAACCUACGGGAAAUUGACGUGCGAUUUAAUGCACUCGAUAGCAUGGACGUCAUGUCCCAAUUACCACGACUAGAAUACCUGAUGAUUGGCCACAAUUCCAUCUCGGCAUUUGAAGGCUACUUUCCCAAGAUCAGGGUACUACACAUGAACCACAAUCCAGUCACAAGAUUUGGCCUCACCCAACCAACACCGUCGUUGUCUGUCCUCAACCUUGCCUCCGCCAAACUUGCUCAAUUGCCCGAGGACCUGUUCGGAAAGCUUACUGGCCUUACAAAGCUAAUACUUGACAAAAAUCAUUUCACAUCAAUAUCGAACAAUGUCGGGAAACUUUACAGGUUGGAGCAUUUGAGUAUAGCUCGAAAUUCUUUGGACGUGCUACCUGCAGAGAUUGGCCGACUUGUAGAGCUCAAAUAUCUGGAUGUGCGUGAGAACAACCUCGCCGUGCUUCCUCAAGAACUCUGGUAUGCACGACGAUUGGAAACGCUCAAUGUAUCAUCAAACGUUCUCGACGCAUUCCCUAAACCAGGCACCGCACCCCCACAAGUAGCCAAUGGAGAGCAGGCUCAAGUUGACGGUCCUACGCCAGGGCUGACGUCGAGUCCCAGCUACGAGGAGCUGGGGAAGCUGGAAGACUUCCAGAAUCGCCGGCCAAGUCAGGCCUCCGGGGGUCUUAGCGUCGGUACCUCGCCUGCUCCGUCGAACCGGAAGGGUUCCAUGGCUUCUUACAACACGACGAGUACCGUCCGCAAGCCAUCGGUCGCAUCUCGUGCGCCUACUGAAGGCACAGUGACGCCCAUGUCCCGCAAAGACUCCAGCCUUAGUAGCCGCUUGGUGACGACUUUUGCGGGCUCGCUUCGUCACGUGUUCCUAGCCGACAAUCGGCUUACCGAUGAUGUGUUCGACGAAUUGUGUCUAUUACCUGAGUUGCGAAUCGUGAACCUGGCCUAUAAUCUCAUCUAUGAUGUACCACCUCGUACAAUCCGUAGAUGGCAACAUCUGACCGAACUGUACCUUUCUGGUAACGACCUAACAUCGUUGCCAUCGGAAGAUCUUGAGGAGGUUGGCUCCCUCAAAGUGCUCCAUAUUAACAACAACAAGUUCCAAGUUCUGCCUGCUGAACUUGGUAAGGUUGCUCAACUAGCCGUUCUCGAUGUCGCUAGUAAUUCUCUCAAGUACAAUGUUUCGAAUUGGCCGUACGAUUGGAACUGGAACUGGAACCACAAACUCCGGUACCUGAAUUUGUCUGGAAACAAGCGUCUAGAAAUCAAGCCCAGCGGGUCGUAUAGUGGCAGUGGCGUGAAUAUGCGAGAAGGCCGCGAUCUCACGGACUUUAGCUCUUUGAUCAAUCUGCGGGUCUUGGGUCUGAUGGACGUAACGAUGAUGGUGCCGUCAGUACCCGAACAGUCAGAAGACCGGAGAGUGCGCACUGCAGGCUCGGCUGUCGGCACCAUGGCCUACGGUAUGGCAGAUUCACUCGGCCGCAAUGAACACAUUUCAACAAUGGAUAUGGUCGUUCCCCGCUUCCGUAGCCACGACGACGAGCAGCUGCUGGGGUUGUUUGACGCGCAGCCACUUGCGGGAGGCGGAUCCAAGAUUGCCAAGUAUUUGUACGAUCACUUCAAGAACCGAUUCGCCGACGAGCUCGAGCGUUUGCGCCCGCAGGAAACACCUUCGGACGCGCUAAGGCGCACUUACUUGGGCCUCAACAAGGAAUUGGCUACCGCUGCAAAUCAGGGCAUCGACAAGAACGCUUUCACUGCACCCACUCAACCACGCAGCUCAGUGCCCGAACUUGGUGACGACGACCUAACUUCCGGAAGCGUAGCCACGGUUUUAUUCCUGAAAGAGAUGGAGCUUUACAUAUCGAAUGUGGGUGAUGCACAAGCACUGCUUAUCCGAUCAGAAGGAGGACACAAGAUCCUUACCCGAAAACACGACCCUGCCGAGCCAAGUGAGAGGUCAAGAAUACGCGAGGCUGGCGGUUUUGUGUCACGACAAGGUAAACUCAACGACAUACUCGAGGUGUCUAGGGCGUUUGGAUACGUGCAGAUGUCACCCUCCGUCAUUGCCUCACCUCACAUACUCAACCUCACACUGGGUGAUACAGAUGAAAUGGUAUUGGUGGCGUCCCGAGAGCUUUGGGAAUACCUUACCCCGGAUUUUGCGGUCGAUGUCGCCCGAUCUGAGCGAAACGAUCUCAUGCGGGCCGCACAGAAACUUCGCGACCUCGCCAUCGCAUUUGGUGCUACAAACAAGAUCAUGGUGAUGCUGCUUGGGGUCAGCGAUCUCAAGAGCAAACAGCGUGCUCGAUAUCGCACUCAGAGCAUGUCUUUGGUGCCUGCUCCUGGUGCCGACCCAGACUGGGGCGCAUCUCGCAGACGUGGAAAGAAGGGCAAUCUGGUUGGUGACUCUAAAUUAGCUCGACUCGACAACGAAGUGGACGCGCCAACGGGUGAAGUCAGCUUGGUAUUCACUGACAUCAAGAACUCGACAAUACUCUGGGAAACGUACCCGAUUGCAAUGCGCUCUGCGAUCAAGAUGCACAACGAGCUCAUGCGUCGCCAGCUACGUAUAAUUGGCGGCUAUGAGGUCAAGACGGAAGGUGAUGCUUUCAUGGUCGCUUUCCGUACUGUCACAUCAGCGUUGCUAUGGUGCUUCACCAUACAGAGCCAAUUGCUUGAAGUGCAGUGGCCGCAGGAGAUUCUCAAUAGCGUCAACGGACAAGAGGUUGUUGAUCCCGAUGGUAAUGUCAUCUUCCGAGGUCUCUCGGUUCGCAUGGGUAUCCACUGGGCUUCCGUUAGGCGACAGACAGAACAGAAACCAGCAGAGCAGAAGACGGAGGCUAUAGUCGGUCAGAAGAUGGCAGGGAGCCAACUCACCAUCGACACGGAAGAUGUAUGGGAUCUCUGGAACAUUAGUCUGCGCCUGGAAAUGCUUUGCAGUUCGCUCGAGAGCCCCGGGUGUGUAGAGUUGAAGCCUCCAGAGACGGCAUUGUUGGAGAGGAUGAAGAGCAGAGGCGGAGAGAUUACGGACCGAUUCUUGAUCAACUUUGUGGAGCACCAGAUCUCUAGAAUCGAGUCUUGUGCAAAUACUCUUGCCCUUCGUCACAUGAUUCGGCCAUUUGGUGCUGCGCCUCUGCUUCAACAAGCAUGUCACAUGGGCGAUAUCUUCACAGAGCUUGAAGCCAAGCUGAAGCGACUGGAAGAAUUUGAGCGCGGAGCCAUGGAGGGAAUGGCACCUUCAUAAACGCCAUACAGCCUACCGCCCACGCGAAAAUAGUUGACGCGAAACGAUUACGAGAACACUAUUCUUAACCAACCUGUUACACCUAUCUCAUCCUAAUUCCCGUAACAACAACAUCGUCGUGCCGCAGUUUGAGUACGCAAAGUUCAAGACGCAUCCCUUACGAUGCACUGGUAUGCAUGUUCUCUCAUCAUCAUCAUUUCUCGGCGUCCAAAUCAGAUUUUGUGCGGCAAAUGCGCAAAGGGGAAUUGUAUCAUAGUGACUCUUUCGAGGAAAGAGAGCCCUGGAGGCGUAUGCUUCUAUAACUCUAUACUACCAUUACGCACGCACACACGCAUGUACGGCAGACGCACGGCCCAGGAGGGCUAUAUGGGCGUUUUUUAUCUUGGAGCAGAGGUGGUCUGCUGCCCUUGGUAUAGGGUGGAAGAUUUGUCUGUUUGACUUGACUUUGGCUUGGUUUUGGAACGGCCUGGCUUGGACUGGUUUGGCAUGUUGAAUUUUAGGCUUCUGAUUCUUGUUCUCUGUGCGCGCGGUAUGCGUGUUUCUACAAAGGCCCUUUUUGCUGCUUUUUCUC